CCAGCGGCGACGCCUUUAUGUGCUCUUAUAAAAACAGAACAGAGAGCAUCCGCAAUCAUUAUCCUUCGCCGGAGAAGAGUGACUCGCUUUUUGAAACAAAAAUGAUUUAAUCAUACGGUGUUCUGUUAGAAAAGUUUAUCACACCGUUUUUUAAACAUCUAUUAUAAAAGUGACAUAAACAGGUUCCCACGAGCGGAACAAAUAAGUUACCGUGCUUCCGCUUCUUCCUCGCUUGCACGCGAACGCAUCCUUUUGCCCUGUAGUGGUUAACUUAAACAUACAAUUGCAGAAUGAGUGUGGCCAGGCAUCUCCGGCUCUGCUCUAGGUUUUCUUUCCAAAGGCGUUUUUGUACCUCGCAGUGUGCGACAAUGGCAUCCCGACACGGCAACACCAAGAGGAUCCAAGGACUGGACAAGAACGUGUGGGUGGCGUUUACAUCGCUGGCGGCGGACCCUUCCGUAGUCAACCUGGGUCAAGGCUUCCCGGAUAUUUCACUGCCGGCCUACAUCAAGGAUUCGCUGGUGCAGGCGGUGUCAGUGGACAAAAUGAACCAGUACACACGAGGCUUUGGACACCCGACGUUGGUGAAGGCGCUCUCUCGGGUUUACGGCAAAGUGUGCGGGCGUCCCAUCGACCCACUCAAGGAAGUCCUGGUGACGGUGGGCGGCUACGGGUCCUUGUUCAGCACCAUGCAGGCUCUGGUGGAGGACGGCGACGAGGUCAUCAUCGUAGAACCCUUCUUCGACUGCUACGUGCCCAUGGUGCGCAUGGCGGGGGGCAAACCUGUGCUGAUACCGCUACGACCUAAAUCUGGCCAGAAGACCGCCUCCAGCGCCGACUGGUUCCUGGACCCUGAGGAGCUUGCCAGGAAAUUCAACUCCAAGACCAAGGCCAUCCUCAUCAACACCCCCCACAACCCCAUCGGGAAGGUUUUCACCAUGGAGGAGCUGCAGAUGAUCGCAGACUUGUGCGUCAAACACGACACGCUCUGCUUCAGCGACGAGGUCUACGAGUGGAUGGUGUACCGCGGACAUCAGCACCACAAAAUUGCGACUCUGCCCGGAAUGUGGGAGCGGACCAUCACCAUCGGCAGUGCGGGGAAGACUUUCAGCAUCACCGGAUGGAAGCUCGGUUGGUCCAUCGGACCUGAGCACCUGGUCCGCCAUCUUCAGACCGUCAUGCAGAACACGCUGUACACCUGCCCGACGCCACUGCAGGAGGCCGUGGCGCAGAGUUUACUCCUGAACUACGAGCUGAUGGGUCAGCCCGAGUGCUACUUCACGUCGCUGGCCGAGGAGCUAGAGGGGAAAAGGGACCGCCUGGCCGCCAUCCUGCGGGAGGUCGGACUGUCGCCCGUCGUCCCUGAGGGAGGUUACUUCAUGCUGGCUGACGUCACAGCGCUAAAUCAGAACCUCUCACACGUGGGAGGCGACGAAGCCUACGACUACAAGUUUGUCAAGUGGAUGAUUAAAGAAAAGAAACUGGCGGCCAUUCCUGUCACGGCGUUUGUAGGGGAGGAAUCCACCAAGACUUUUGAGAAAUAUAUCCGUCUUUGCUUCAUCAAGCGAGACGAAACUCUGGACGCGGCAGAGCUCAUCCUCAAGAAGUGGAAGUCGUCGGGAAGCACCGGCUGAAGAGUUGUUUUUUUUUUUUAACCCCCACAUAGGAGGUAAAACAUCAAACAUCAUUUUGUAUCUCUAUUGGAAACCACUGGAGUGCCUCAAGGGUUGAUACUUUGCCCCAUCCCGUUUCAGACCUCUAUUGCUUCCCUUUGGCCAAGGAGUAAUAAUAAUGACUCCUACUAUUUUCACAUCCCCAAUACGCUUGUGUACAGUCACCACAUUUGAAUGAAUUUGAACAUUGUGGAAAAGUCUGGAGUUAUAUUCAAAAGGUGAAACUCGGAGGUUAUAUGGAUUCAUGACACCCAGAGUGAUAUUUCUCGAUUUGUUUAUUCUAAUUUGGAUGUUUUUACUCAUUGAACUACUGAAAUAAAUGUAUUCUCCAAUUUCAAGUGUAUUGAGAUGCACUAGUCAUUUUUCAAAUGGUUCAGUAUGACUAUAUAUUACAUUUUAAAUAUUGUCCAGUAUAAAGUCUGCUGUGUCCCAACAACAUUUUAAUAAAA